AUGUCCCUUUCCCUACUUCCCCAUGUCCCCUUCCCUGCUUCCCCGUGUCCCCUUCCCUACUUCCCCAUGUCCCCUUCCCUGCUUCCCCGUGUCCCCUUCCCUACUUCCCCAUGUCCCCUUCCCUGCUUCCCCAUGUCCCUUUCCCUGCUUCCCCGUGUCCCUUUCCCUACUUCCCCCCAUCCCCUUCCCUGCUUCCCCCCAUCCCUUUACAUGCUUCCCCAUGUCCCCUUCCCUGCUUCCCCAUGUCCCCUUCCCUGCUUCCGCAUGUCCCCGUCCCUGCUUCCCCCCACGCCCUCCCCUGCUUCCCCAUGUCCCUUUCCUUGCUUCCCCAUGUCCCUUUCCCUGCUUCCCCAUGUCCCCUUCCCUGCUUCCCCCCAUCCCCUUCCCUUCUUCCCCCCAUCCCCUUCCCUGCUUCUCCAUGUCCCCUUCCCUGCUUCCCCGUGUCCCUUUCCCUGCUUUCCCCCAUCCCCUUCCCUUCAUUCCCGCAUCCCUUUACAUGCUUCCCCCCAUCCUCUUCCCUUCUUCCCCCCAUCCCCUUCCAUGCUUCCCCAUGUCCCUUUCCUUGCUUCCCCAUGUCCCUUUCCUUGCUUCCCCAUGUCCCUUUCCUUGCUUCCCCAUGUCCCUUUCCUUGCUUCCCCAUGUCCCUUUCCUUGCUUCCCCAUGUCCCUUUCAUCGCACUGCUGCCUUGGCAGUUAUCCAAAGGACGUUUUGCUGUUGCACUGCUGA